CUCCCACACACAUAAAUAAACACAAAUCAUGAGCAAUAUGAAAAUAACAAAUAGGUUUAUGCUAGUGGCAACAUUCAUAGCAUGUGUGUUCAUAAGCAGCAUGAACAUGACGGUUGGAAAAGUAAUUGGGUAUCCAGGGUUGAAGCCUGAUCUUCCUUGUGAUCAUCAUCGGUAUCCUUCUGCAUGUGCACCCUCCGAACAACCAGUGAAUCCUUACAGACGGGGAUGUAGUAAAAUACAUAGAUGUAGACGCGAUUCACCCCCUGCACCAAUUUCUAGAAAAAUGUUAAUACGAGGUCAAUUAAUUUAUAAUAAUGCAUAUAAUGCAUAUAUCCAAUAUCCAUGAAUAAUAAAUUUAUGGGUUUGGUUGUGUUUAAGCCAUGUUGUUCUCUACA